ACACGAGAAAAGCACACUUCUUUCUUUCUUAUAUAUACCGUGUCGAUCCUUCGUACCCUCAUUCAUCUCCCUAAGCUCACAAAAACUUUGCUUUUGCUCUGUCUUUCUCUUACUCUGCAAACCAAAAACUCUUUCAGGAAUUUGUUGGAUAUCAAAUCGAAGUGGGUAAUUUUCUGAAAUAUAUGGAGUUAGAAGGAAGUGCAGAGGACACUGUGGUGACACAAGUUAGUGUUGGUGGAUUUGACAGACAUGUCAAAGCCAAAGCUCUGAUGGACUACUUGGACAAUCAAGUCGGCCUUGUCUGGAGGUGCAGACUGAAGACCUCAUGGACGCCACCAGAAUCCUAUCCUAAUUUUGAGAUAACUGACACCACAGUUAUCCGAAGAAUAGAUGACUAUAAGAAGGUGGAGCCUCAUGCUUUUGUUCAUUUUGCCUCACCUCUAACAGUAGAUUGGGCUGUGGAUGCUGCUGGUCGCUCUGAGCUUGUUUUCAACAAUCAGCUAUUGAAAGUUAGUUUGGGUCCUGAGAAUCCUUUUUACUUGAAUCGACGCAGGAGGAAUAAAACACCUUUUAAGCUACCUGAUGUCUCCCUGGAGAUUGGAUCAUUUGCUAGCUGGAAUGAGUUCUUUGUUGGCUGGAGAGGACCUUCUGGGGUUGAUUUUAUUGUGGAUCCUUUUGAUGACACCUGCAAAUUUUUUUUCUCUAGAGAUACAGCCUUCUCGUUCAAAGGCACAAACGAUCAUGCUGUAAUAAAAUGUGACUUCAAGGUGGAGUUCUUGGCGAGGGAGAUCAUUGAUAUUAAGCAGUAUUCAGAACAAUCUUGUUUAGUAGUGCUGUUGCAGUUGGCUUCAUCACCUUGGGUCUGGUAUAGAACUGCUGAUGAUGACGUUGAAGAGUCAGUUCCAUUUGAUCUGUUGGAUGAUGAAGAUCAGUGGAUCAGGACCACUGAUUUUACUGCAAGUGGGGCUAUUGGUCGUUGUAACACAUACAAAGUCUUAAUCCGUCCUCGUCACGGUUCAAAGCUGGAGAAGGCCAUGGAUCAUCUCAGAGACCGAAGAGUACCAGUGGCCAAUCUCGGAUUGCAAGUUAGGAUCCAUAAUGAACAUGAUUUUGGGAGGUCCAUGUCAGAUCCCUUCCAUUAUAUUGAUUACAAGGAAGGGAUUCCUUUUGAAAUAAUGUUUUUGGUUAAUGCUGUAAUGCACAAAGGCAUAUUCAAUCAGCAUCAGUUAUCAGAGGACUUCUUUAAUCUACUGAGAAAUCAAUCAAUGGAGGUCAAUGUUGCUGCACUGAAUCACAUCUAUACCUCUAGACGUCCAGUGUAUGAUGCCUAUGAUAGGCUGAAAGUUGUCCACGAGUGGCUGCUGACGAAUCCUAACCUCUUUAGGAUCCCUCCUCAGUUGGAUGAUAUUGUCAAAAUCAGAAGAUUGGUCAUUACUCCAACAAAAGCUUACUGUCUUCUUCCGGAAGUUGAGCUUUCUAAUAGGGUUCUCAGGAAAUAUAAAGAUGUUGCUGAUCGGUUUUUAAGGGUCACAUUUAUGGAUGAAGGCAUGCAGAUGAUGAAUGCAAAUGUUCUCACUUACUACAAUGCUGCAAUUGUAAGGGAAGUGACAUAUACCUCGUUUUCUCAUAAAACAGGAGUCUUCAAAAGGGUAAGGUCUAUUCUUACAGAUGGAUUUUACUUGUGUGGUCGCAAAUACUCUUUCCUUGCUUUCUCGGCCAAUCAAUUGAGAGACCGUUCUGCGUGGUUUUUUGCUGAUGAUGAGAAGAUAAAUGUGAGUCAGAUUACAACUUGGAUGGGGAAGUUUAAAGACCGGAAUAUUGCUAAAUGUGCUGCCAGGAUGGGUCAGUGCUUCUCAUCAACAUAUGCAACGGUAGAAGUUCCUUCAACACAGGUUAACAAGCGUCUUCCGGAUAAGAGGAAUGGAUAUGAUUUCUCAGAUGGGAUUGGCAAGAUUACUCCCGAUCUUGCAAUGGAAGUUGCUCAGAAAUUGAAGUUGGACUUAAAUCCUCCCUGUGCUUAUCAAAUUAGAUAUGCUGGUUAUAAAGGGGUCGUGGCUUGUUGGCCAGAACAAGGUGAUGGGAUUCGUCUUUCUUUACGAUCCAGUAUGAAUAAGUUCCUGUCUAACCACACAACUCUGGAAAUCUGUUCUUGGACAAGAUUUCAGCCUGGAUUCCUGAAUAGGCAAAUUAUUAUAUUGCUUUCAACACUGGGUGUGCCGGAUGAAGUAUUUUGGGGAAUGCAAAAUGCCAUGGUUUCUAAGUUAGACAAAAUCCUUGUGGACGCUGAUGCAGCAUUUGAAGUCCUUACUUCAUCAUGUGGUGAUCAAGGGCAUACUCCGGCAAUAAUGUUGAGCGCAGGUUUCAAGCCUCAGACAGAACCUCAUUUACGAGGAAUGUUGACUUGUGUAAGAGCAUCUCAGCUUUGGGGUCUUAGGGAAAAAACUAGGAUUUUUGUUAAUUCGGGCAGGUGGUUAAUGGGUGUUUUGGAUGAACUAGGAGUACUUGAGCAAGGUCAGUGCUUUAUCCAAGUGUCCAAUCCAUCUAUAGAAAACUGCUUCGUGAAACACGGCUCUAGGUUUGCUGAAACAAAUAAAAUAUUUGAAGUAAUUAAGGGUCUGGUGGUUGUCGCUAAGAAUCCUUGUCUUCACCCUGGAGAUAUAAGAAUUCUAGAAGCAGUUGAUGCCCCUGGUUUACACCACUUGCAUGACUGCCUGGUCUUCCCUCAAAACGGUGAGAGGCCUCAUACGAAUGAAGCUUCUGGAAGUGAUCUUGAUGGGGACCUUUACUUUGCCACAUGGGAAGAACCUCUUAUCCCCCCUAGCAAGGAGAGCUACCCACCCAUGCAGUAUGACCCUGAUAAGCCUCGGGAAUUGCAACGCAGUGUCACUCAUAAGGACAUAAUAGAGUUUUUUUCGAGAAACAUGGUGAAUGAGCACCUCGGAAGUAUUUGCAAUGCACAUGUAGUUCAUUCUGACGUUAGCAAAUUUGGUGCUCAAGAUGAGAAAUGCUUACUUCUCGCUCAGUUGGCGGCUAUAGCUGUUGAUUUUCCUAAAACUGGGAAGAUCGUAUCAAUGCCUGCUCAUUUAAAACCGAAACAUUACCCUGAUUUCAUGGGAAAAGAGGAGUUCCAAUCGUACAAGUCGAGCAAAAUUCUGGGAAGACUAUAUCGUCAUGUCAAAGAUGCCUAUGAUGAUGAUGUCUCUGAAUCUUCCCAGCUCAAUUUUGAUGCUAGUGAUAUCAAUUAUGAUCCAGUUCUUGAAAUUACUGGAUCUGCUGAUUUCAUUGCUGAUGCAUGGGCUAAAAAGUGCUCCUAUGAUGGACAACUAGUUGGACUUCUUCAACAGUACAAAGUUAAGAGGGAAGAAGAGGUCGUAACUGGGCAUAUCUGGUCCAUGCCUAAAUAUGCCAGUAGGAAGUUAGGAGAUUUGAAGGAGAAGCUCAGCCAUUCUUAUGGGUCCCUGAGGAAAGAAUUCCGACAACAUUUUGAGAAUAUGGACUUGGACUUUCAGCAGCUCAAUGAGGAUGAGAAAAAUGAGUGGUAUGAAAGAAAGGCAUCUGCAUGGUACCAGGUUACUUACCAUCCUAAAUGGGUGAAGAAGACAUUAGAGUUCCAGAAGUCCGAUGGUGAUGAAGGGGUAGUGAUGUUAAGCUUUGCUUGGAUUGCUGCUGAUUACCUAGCUCGAAUAAAAGUUAAGCACCGGGGGACCGGAAAUUUCGACUUUGGAAAGCCUAUCAACUCUCUGGUAAGGUACCUAGCCGAUCGAAUAUAACCACUAUUCGACUGUUUCGGCAGCAAAUUCUUUUGCUGGAUCAGACUUUUCUAGGUUGCAAAGCCACUCUGCCAUUUUGAAGAUGUAAUGUUGUAGUACACUUCUGCUGUCUAAGCCGUUAUCCUAUGUUGUUAAGGCCUAUUGUGAUUGUUCAAAGAUGAUUUUCUAUGCUUUA